GCCAACCUAGCUCAGCCACAAGCCAGUACACUCUCGCUAGCUACUACGUAGCUUCGUAGCAAUGGCGCCCUCCAAGCUCACCCUCUUCCUCGCCCUGAGCCUGGUCCUCAUGGGAACCUCGCACGGUUGCGGAUCGUGCGGCAACACGCCGUCCGUGCCAGUCCCAACGCCGCCGAUCGCCGUGCCACCGCCACCCGUCCCAGUACCAACCCCGCCGAUCGCCGUGCCCCCGCCGGCCGUCCCAGUACCAACCCCUGGCGGCGGCGGCACCUGCUCGAUCAACACGUUGAAGCUGAGCGCGUGCGCCAACGUACUUAACCUGCUGAAGCUCAACCUCGGCGUGCCGGCGAGCGAGCAGUGCUGCCCGCUGCUGAGCGGCCUCGCCGACCUCGACGCCGCCGUGUGCCUCUGCACCGCCAUCAAGGCCAACGUUCUCGGCAUCAAGCUCAACGUCCCCGUCGACCUCGUGCUGCUUCUCAACCAGUGCGGCAAGACCUGCCCCGCCGACUUCACCUGCCCUAGCUAAAUCCAGGAUACAUCGAUCGAUCUAAAUAUCACAAACCAUGCAUUUUAUACUUAUAUAUGCAUGCGUAGUCGUCGCUCGUGCAUGCAUGCAUGCAUGCUUACGCUUUGUUUCUUGCACUGACUAUGUAUAAGCUAGUCAUCCGUCAUUGUAUCCCGUACGUUAUGGUAUCUAGAUGAUUCGCAUAUUUGUAAAAUUAUAUACUUGUACACGUACGUGAAUAAUAAGUUUGUUCAAGUUGUGUUAA